AUGAUCAAAGGAGGAAGGAUGUAUACACUGGAGAAGAAGAGGAAAAGAAUCCACAUAGAGGAGCCUGAUUCCGGCAACUCUAGUCGGACCAAACGGUGGGUUCGACAAAGGGGACAGUGUAGGACAAUUCGGGAGAGUUUUCUUGGCUUGUUCGGUGAAACCAGGUUCCAAGAUGCCGCCGGUUAUGGCCGUAAAGUCUGCAAGGGUCUCGGAAUUGAUGUGACCAAAGAUGUUGCAGGUGAGGAUUUGUUCAACGUUUUCUUGGAGCUUGCGCAAAGAGGAACCAUAGAGGAUUGGAUUCAGAGACUCAAGAAUUUCGGGUUGCAUGAAAUGCACGUAAGGAAGUAUACACAGUCACUACCGGGGCUCAAUUACGUUCAUGGAAAGGGUUUUGUGCACUGUGACAUUAAGCCUGCCAAUGUAUUGCUAGUGCGUGAAGGUCCUGAUGAUACCGGGUUUGGCUCUUAUGUGGCGAAAAUUGGGGAUUUCGGGCUGGCAAAGAGGGCUGGCAUGAUUAUAUCGAUUACAAUGUGUUGUCAGGAUUUAGAAAUCAAGAACGUGGUUGCUGUUGCUUUGAUGUCUACAGAGGAAGGAACUACAGCUCUCUGCAGUGGCGGCAAGGCUGAUCAGAAGCAAUCCAAAUCGGCUACCCUAGAGGAGCUCGACUAG